UUGAUGUUUAUUUUACAGUAUUUGUGGGAGUGAGAGUAGAAAGAUAUGAGUUAGAGAGACGGGGAGAGAGAGAAAGAUGUGCUUCUGAUUGGAUUGGAGGCAGUGCUGAAGAGGCACUGAGACACGAGAGAGAGAGAGAGAGAGAGAGAGAGAGAGAGAGAGAGAGAGAACGAGAGGGCACGAAUGCAGUUUACACAUUAGCCCAGCUGCCAGAAAUUACAGCAAGCUCAAUUCUGCCGGACUGGAACAGGGGGGCGUGAAACGGGAGGAUGGCAAGGACGCAGAAAAUGAAGAGAACCCACCAUUGCUUUCUCUUGGGAAAUGAUCUGUGGUGAAUAAACAGAAACCGCAGAAGAGGCUGAGGAAGAGAGAGGCAGAACGGGGGAACAGAGGAGGAGGGGGAGCCUAUAGCGUCCUCUGAGCGCAGUAGACUUACACCAUCUCAACUGAAGGAAAAGAGCCAUGGGCUGUUUCCUGCCCCGUAAAGGCCAAUUUCUCCACCCUUGACGCGUCUUACUGCUCUUGCCUGCUGACAGCAAGUUCUUCUUCCAUACAUCCCCAGACGCUCUCAGAAUGCACCUACUUUCCUGCCAGCAAAAGCGCAGUGACAGGAGCGCAGAGACUUGAGGAUAUCUGCCAUUAAAAAGUCGGCUGAGGAAGUAGGACCGAAAAGAAAGAACAAAUCCUUGAUUAGGAUUUUUUUUUUAAAUCACUUGACGUUUACUACUCCAAAACCAUCUAGCGCUUUAAGUCGGAACGGAACCCUGAGGGGCCAAAGGAAUAAGUGUCAUCCAAUCACACCAAGAUCCUUUGAUUUCAUAUCGCACAGAGAGGAUCCUAAGCGAUACCAUUCAGCGGGAGAUAAUUGAACUUCCUGCCUGGCAGGCAGCUGAAAAUGGACAACUAGAGAGGUUCAAGUGGUUUUUCUGGGGGAUACGUUCAAGAACCCCACCACUUAGGAUAAGAUUGGAGGCCGGCUCUGACGGCGAUCUACGGUGUUUGGUGUUUGCUUUUUGCUUUUUCCCCCCACUGUUUGUCCAGUUCUGAGAAGGGAAAACGGAUUUGGGGAUUGUUUUGUGCUAGACCUCAGUCAGACCUCAACUUUUAGACUCACAUUCAACAGUUUUACUGUGUAGGUCUAGAAAAGAAAGGCAAAUCACAAGAAAGAGUGAUCCAAGGUGUGCCUUGGAUUGACAAGGCUGUUCACCUGCAUUCUGGGGCAAACAAAGAACAUUUUAUCACAUGGCUUUUAUUUCAAUAUUCAGAUUCAGGUAAAUUGAAAGACAGAAGGAGAACAAGACCAAAGAAAGUGAAAAGGGGAGGGAGGGGGCCAAUGCCACAGAUCAUCGCUAACUCCUACCUUUUGAUAAGUUAAGAUUCUUUUUCCAUUUUCGUCUUCUUUUCAUCUUGAAAAUUAGAUUUUUUUUUUUUUUUGUUCUUUUUUGUUCUUUUUUUUCUCAGAUGACCCUUAAGACUGUAAGGGAGAUCGUAACACAUUGCAGUGACUGAGAUAGGGUGGGGGAAAAAAGGAGGGAGAAGCUUUUUUUUCCCUAGCUGAAACAGAAUGUUCUGUUGCCUUCUCAUUUUUGCAGUUUUAGGUAUUUAUCUUGUCACUCCAUCUCCGUUUUCAUCCCCCUCUUCAUGCCUCUGGGAGAGCAAAGGAGGGAAUUGAGUUAUUUCAUCUCUGCUGGAUUUUUUUUUAUUUGCCUUCCCGACUGAUUUUAGUUCUAUACUCCUGUUUACCCCAGACAAAAUGCUGUUGUAUCUCAAGUCAAAAUCAGGAACCUGAUAGUGUUUGGCAAAAGAUUCCACAAGGAGAGCCAGGCAACGAGAACAAGAGACAGAAAUCUUCUGAAGCCUAACCUCCGAUCUUAAAAAAGCGUGAGAUCUGCUUUCGCCCUCCCCUCUCCACCACCCCCCUUUCCCAUCCAGUUUCAGAGGUGUCCUCGGAUAUUCCUUCCUCUUUUCCCCGGAAUCUGUCAGCAUUCCCGACGGGACGCAGCCAGCUUGUAUCCGUGCCAAUCCUUUGAUAUUAGCUCCCGGUGUCGUCUGCUUCAUUCUGUGGCGGUGCAGGCAGCCAGACGACCUUUCUCCAUGAGGAGCAGUGGAAGAUGCCGGCUCUGCCAGCGCUGCUGCUGUCGAUUCACCUCCUCUUCCUCUUCCUGCUGUUGCUGCUGCUGACCAUGGCCCCGUCCUCUCACAGCCAGACACCCGCUCUCUCAGCUGUCAGGAUGGCUGCUAUUUUAGAUGAUCAGUCAGCAUGUGGACGUGGAGAGCGGUUGGCAUUGGCUCUGGCCCGAGAGAACAUCAACAGUGCGAUGGAGAGCCCGGCACGAGCACGCGUGGAGGUCGACAUCUUUGAGCUGCAGAGAGACUCUCAGUACGAGACUACAGACACAAUGUGUCAGAUCUUGCCAAAGGGAGUGGUCUCUGUCAUUGGUCCUGCCUCUAGUCCUGCUUCUGGAUCCACUGUCAGUCAUAUAUGUGGGGAAAAAGAGAUCCCUCACAUCAAGAUUGGUCCAGAGGAGACUCCACGCUUGCCAUAUCUGCGCUUUGCCUCAGUGACGCUGUAUCCUAGCAACGAGGACUUAAGCUUGGCCAUCGGUGCCAUCCUGCGCUCUUUCAGUUACCCGACGGCCAGCCUGAUCUGUGCCAAAGCAGAGUGCCUGCUGCGAUUGGAGGAGCUUGUGCGUCACUUCCUCAUAUCCCGGGAAACACUCUCAGUCAGAAUGCUGGAUGAAAACUUGGACCCCACCCCCCUGCUGAAAGAAAUCCGUGAUGACAAAGUUGCGACUAUUAUCAUUGAUGCUAAUGCAUCAGUGUCAAUACUUAUAUUAAAGAAGGCCUCAGAAUUAGGCAUGACAUCAGCCUUCUACAAGUAUAUUCUCACCACAAUGGAUUUCCCUCUGUUGAGGUUGGAUGAUGUUGUAGAUGAUCAGUCAAAUAUCGUUGGCUUCUCCAUGUUGAACAGCAGUCAUCCUUUUUACCUGGAGUUCAUCAGAAGCCUAAACCUAUCAUGGAGGGAAGGUUGUGACAUCAGCCCAUACCCUGGUCCAGCGUUGUCAUCUGCGCUGAUGUUCGAUGCAGUGCAUGUGGUGGUCGGAGCAGUGCGAGAGCUGAACCGCAGUCAGGAGAUCGGAGUGAAGCCUCUGAGCUGCACUUCCUCACUCAUCUGGCAGCACGGCACCAGUCUCAUGAACUACCUGCGCAUGGUAGAGUAUGAUGGCCUAACAGGCCGCGUGGAGUUUAACAGCAAAGGCCAGAGGACCAAUUACACGCUGCGUAUUCUUGAGAAAUUCAAGGGGGGUCACAAAGAGAUUGGUGUCUGGUACUCCAACAACACGUUGGCUAUGAACUCCACGUCUUUAGACAUCAACAUGUCUGAGACGUUAGCCAAUAAGACACUCACCGUCACCACAAUACUGGAGAAUCCAUACGUGAUGCGCAAGGCAAACUACCAGGACUUUCAGGGUAACGAUCAGUAUGAGGGAUUCUGUGUGGAUAUGCUGCGGGAGCUGGCAGACAUACUGAAGUUUUCGUUCCGGAUCAAGCUGGUGGAUGACGGCCUGUAUGGAGCUCCAGAACCUAAUGGGUCAUGGACUGGCAUGGUGGGGGAAUUAAUCAACAGGAAAGCAGAUCUGGCAGUGGCUGGAUUUACAAUCACAUCAGAGAGGGAAAAGGUCAUAGAUUUCUCCAAACCAUUCAUGAACCUUGGAAUCAGUAUCCUGUACCGCGUCCAUAUAGGCAGGAAGCCAGGUUAUUUCUCCUUCUUGGAUCCGUUUUCACCAGCUGUCUGGCUCUUUAUGCUUUUAGCCUAUCUGGCCGUUAGCUGUGUACUCUUCCUGGCUGCCAGGCUGAGUCCAUAUGAGUGGUACAACCCCUUCCCAUGUUGGCGGGAACGCAAGGACCUCCUGGAGAAUCAGUACACACUAGGGAACAGCCUGUGGUUUCCGAUCGGUGGUUUCAUGCAGCAGGGCUCAGAGAUCAUGCCCCGGGCCCUGUCCACACGCUGUGUCAGUGGCGUUUGGUGGGCAUUCACGCUGAUCAUCAUUUCCUCCUACACGGCAAACCUUGCAGCUUUUCUGACGGUUCAGAGGAUGGAGGUGCCAAUCGAAUCUGCUGAUGACUUGGCAGAUCAGACGAACAUCCAGUAUGGGACUAUACAAGGAGGAAGUACUAUGACCUUCUUCAUGAACUCGCGCUACCAGACAUACCAGCGCAUGUGGAAUUACAUGUACUCCAAGCAGCCCAGUGUGUUCGUGAAGAGCACAGAGGAGGGCAUAGCGCGGGUCUUAAACUCCAAGUACGCCUUUCUUCUGGAGAGCACCAUGAACGAGUACCACCGACGCCUCAACUGCAACCUCACUCAGAUAGGAGGCCUGUUGGACACCAAGGGCUACGGCAUCGGCAUGCCUCUGGGUUCACCAUUCAGAGAUGAGAUCACGUUAGGUGUGCUCCAGCUGCAAGAGAACAACAGAUUAGAAAUCCUAAAGCGUCGAUGGUGGGAGGGGGGAAAGUGUCCUAAAGAAGAAGACCAUCGAGCCAAAGGUCUAGGUAUGGAGAAUAUCGGCGGGAUAUUCGUGGUGCUGAUUUGUGGGCUCAUAAUAGCUGUUUUUGUAGCCAUUAUGGAGUUUGUGUGGUCCACGCGCCGGUCAGCCGAGACAGAUGAGGUACGCCCUCAGUCCCGUACUGGGUACUGCCCCGUCCGAAACCACAGACAUGCACGAGUGUCAGUAUGUCAGGAAAUGAUGACUGAAUUCAGGAACGUUAUCUCCUGUAAAAAGAACUCUCGAUUGCGGCGCCGCCGGCCCCUCUCGUCCCAGGGCGUCCUUCGGCACCCAGCCCGUCUCCCUUUAGGAGCUCCCCGGCCCAUACGGCUUGUGCGGGAGAUGCGUCUUAGCAACGGCAAACUCUACAGUGGGACGGGGCCGUUAACCGGUGCCGCAGCAGGACCAGGACCCGGUGGGGGCGCUGCGGAAAUGGGCCCGGGCCCUCAGCGACUGCUGGAGGACCCUCUCAGUGCCAAUGUCCCAAGCAGCACACCCGCUCUGGUCCCCACAGCGGCGCCCCGCGGCUGCACGCACGUGCGGGUGUGCCAGGAGUGCCGGCGGAUUCAGAGCCUUCGCUCCACAUCCUCUUGUUCGCGCAUUUCGCCACUGGCCUCCGCCACAUCAUCUCUCCCGCGUUUGUCGCCGCAGCCACCCCUCUCUGCCUCCAAUACAAACACCGACAGCGAGGGUGGGAGCUCAGGCAGCCCACGCAGAGCCAAACCCGCACCCCCUCCAAGACCAGUGCCACCCACUAAAACUCCUUCUACUGAUCUCCUCUGCAAGCAGGACUGAGACCGGCUUUUGUCUGGACAAUAAAUUAAUGUAAAUGAGUGCUGGAGGACAGAUGGAAUGACUCUGCCCACACCUCCAGUCAAAGUGACCUCUGGGAUACUGCAAAUAAAGGCCAUUUUUGGAUGCAAAAUUACAUUAAUGGACACUGAGUGAGAGAAAGAUGAUUCAGCCAUCCGCUUCCUGUCCAAGUGUCUGGUUUAACACCACAUCAUUCAGUGGCACUCAGAGAGCCAGUAAAGUUUGGCAUACUGUUGAGACUAUGUAAUGCAUAUCCCAAGAAAGUAUGCUAUGCAACAUGUCAUAAAGGGAAACAUGGAGGGAAACUAUAAGGACGACUAUCAGUUUUGCAUAGAAGAACAGAUCUUCUCCAUGAUUUGCAAUGGGGGACUACACUCCUGUGAGAGGACGAUGGAGUCUGUACCUAAAAUGUGUGCACGUUGAACUGAAAUGACUUUGGUGCAAAUUCAUUUUUUUUCUUUCUUUAAAUAAGGGGGAAGGGUUACAAUUCAUUUUUAUUCCUGAAUUUCACUUAAUUGUUUUCCUUUCUAGCUUUUUUUUUGGUUUCAUUCUUUUAAUCCUUUUUUAAAAAAUAUGAUACCUGUUUUUUCCCUCUUGUUAAUUUUUCUGAGGACAAAGUAUAUGGAUUUUUGUACGUUUUGAUGGGUCGGGAAUUGGAUUUUCUGUUCUUCAACCUCUAAGAUUACUCGCCUGGUUUCAAUCUCUCAUCUUCUGUCUUAUUUAAUUAAAAUGCCAGCUGUUAAAACUUAAAAUCAACAUGAAACAGCAUUAAAUAAAAACAGUUUACUUUCAUAAUGUAAUGCAUUUCCAGGUAAAACAGGAUAUUCAAGAAUGAAAAUGUAGGGCCGGACUUGAUUUUAUCCAUCAGGAAUUGAUUGGAUCACGCAAAGUGAGCGUUUCAGACCUGAAUGUCAGUGGAAUGUGGAGGUCAAGUUCACCCUUGAGACCAUCUCAGCAAAUCCCAAUGGUAACAUUGCCUUUUCAAAUCUAUAGUUAUUUACUAUUUUUGCCGUAACUUUUAUUGUAACGUAAACCGGCAUUAAAUUGCUACGUUAACUAAUGGCAAGACUUUAGAAAGGCUGUGUUAUUGUACCUAAUACGGUAGUCUACAAUAAUGCCAAUUUGGCUAUUGGUUAACAUUAACUAAUAGCCCGCACAGAUGCUGUCAGCUGAACGGGAAAGUCGUUUCAGAAAUGAGAAAUUUACAUUUUUUUUAAACGUUAUAAUAUUCAAGCAAUUUUUUUUUUCCUUAAGAAUAACGUGCACUGGUGAAUCGUUCACAAUAAGACCAAGAAUGUGUGUUAGGAAACUAAAUAGGAUCAGUUUUGAUUUCAUGUUGAUUUUAACAAGCUCCCCAUCAAUAUUUGCAACUCGUAAGUACACAGAGAAAUACUUCUCAUCCCUGGAACAAGGACAACAACAACAAGACAAGACAGAAAACCCUUUAUGAACCUGAAGGGGCAUUUAUCUGAUUAUGUGAGAGGACAAUUAAUGAUGUUUUUCAUUAGAGAACUAAAUGAGCCCCUAUCAUGAAUGGUUUUUUGAAGUGCACUAGAAGUUGCUGUCUGGGUGCUUGUGAGAUGCCAAUAUCCAUUUAUUCCAAAGUGUAAACAUAGCAGCCCUGUUUAGAAUCUGCAGCAUUAUGACAUUCGUAUGUUGGUGCUUUAUGAUUGUAUGUGAGUGCGCGUGUGUGUGCGUGUGUGUGCGUGUGUGCGUGUCAAAGAGAGAUGAAAAUAUGAUAGUCAUUUUUUAAUUCAAAGCUGAUUUUUUUUCUCAUUAAUUUUCAAAGAUUUCUAUACCAGUGCUUGAAGAAUCACACCCAGAAUUAAGCAAAUGAUUCAGAUUGUAUUGUUAUUAAUAUUCCAAUAAAACUGUGGGGUUAUGUAGGAGGGCCGUUACCCUCUUUCGUUAAAUAUAUAGACACAUGUUUGGAAUAAAACAGAGUGAUUCAAACUGUGA